AUGGCCAAAAAGAGGGAAUGCAUAUCCAUUCAUAUUGGACAAGCGGGCGUUCAAAUGGGUAACGCUUGCUGGGAACUGUAUUGCUUAGAACAUGGAAUUCACCCCGAUGGGCAAAUGCCUAGUGACACUACCGUGGGUCACGGAGAUGAUUCCUUCAAUACAUUUUUUUCUGAGACAGAUUCCGGAAAGCAUGUUCCAAGAGCAGUUUUCGUUGAUCUUGAACCAACGGUAGUAGAUGAAGUUCGUACAGGUACAUACAGACAACUGUUUCAUCCGGAACAGUUAAUCACAGGAAAAGAGGAUGCCGCGAAUAAUUAUGCACGUGGUCAUUACACAAUAGGAAAAGAAAUCGUAGAUAUUACUUUAGAUCGAAUCCGCAGACUUACCGAACGAUGCAAAGGUUUACAAGGUUUCUUGAUUUUCCAUUCGUUCGGUGGCGGUACAGGAUCGGGAUUUUCGAGUUUACUGAUGGAAAGAUUAACCGCUGAAUAUCCUAAAAAAAGUAAAUUAACUUUUAGCAUUUAUCCCGCACCUCAGGUAUCAACUGCAGUUGUCGAGCCGUAUAAUGCGAUUCUUUAUACACAUCCAACGUUAGAACAUUGCGAUGUAGCCUUCAUAGUUGACAACCAAGCUAUUUACGAACUGUGCAGAAGGAAUUUGAGCAUCGAUAGACCGACGUACACGAAUUUGAAUCGUUUAAUAGGACAAAUUGUCUCCUCGAUAACCGCAAGUUUACGAUUCGAUGGAGCCCUUAACGUUGAUCUUACUGAAUUUCAAACGAAUCUAGUACCUUAUCCACGUAUUCAUUUCCCUCUUGCAACUUACGCCCCUGUUUUAUCAGCUGAGAAAGCUGGCCACGAGAGAAUUACAGUGGCGGAGAUAACGAAUUCGUGUUUCGAACCAAAUCAUCAAAUGGUAAAUUGUGAUCCACGUAGAGGUAAAUAUAUGGCAGUAUGUAUGCUUUACAGAGGAGAUGUUGUUCCUAAAGAUGUAAACGCAGCGAUUGCAACAAUUAAGAAGCAGAAACAUAUUCAAUUUGUCGAAUGGUGUCCGACCGGUUUUAAGGUAGGAAUAAAUUAUCAACCUCCCACUGUGGUACCAGGUGGUGAUCUUGCGAAAGUAGAAAGAGCUGUAUGUUGCCUUUGUAAUACUACUGCAAUUGUUGAAGCAUGGGCUAGAAUUGAUCACAAAUUCGAUCUUAUGUAUGCUAAAAGGGCGUUUGUUCAUUGGUUUGUUGGUGAAGGUAUGGAGGAAGGAGAAUUUGCAGAAGCCAGAGAAGAUUUAGCAGCUUUAGAAUUGGAUUAUCGUGAAGUGCAAGAAGAUGCUACUAACACGGAAGAUGAAGAAGAGUAUUAG